UGGUCUGGACCCCAGCAUGUCCUCCUAUAAAUGAGUCAAAUGUGUGAGUCGGUGAUGAGGACUCUUGUUUCUCCUCCUUGCGGUCAAGAGGGGGGCAGACUCAGAAGCCACGCCUGCGCCCUGAUUUACAAGUCGGAGACAGAGGGGGACGAAAACCACACACCAGGCAGGAACUUAGUCGGACUCACCACCAAGAUGCUAAAAGUGAAGAGGCUGGAAGAAAUCAACACGUGUUACCACGGUGACCAGCUGGAGAAAAUGGCCUUUUUUCAGUGCAUGGAAGAGGUGGAGGAAGUGAAGUGUAUUCUGGAAGAAAGUUCUAGUGAGCAGGAUUCGAGAUCUGGGAAGAGUGAGGCUAAGGAGCAGGUGUGCUCACACCCCGGCCUGAAGGAAACAGCACCAGCCAAAGGCAAAAGGACAGCGCCUCCCACAGACGAGGCCCGGGCACCGCCUGCGCCGUUUGAUCACCGCAUCGUGACAGCCAAGCAGGCCGCGGUCAACAGCUUCUACACCGUGAGCAGAACAGAAGUCUUAGGAGGGGGGCGCUUCGGCCAGGUUCACAAGUGUGAGGAGAAAGCCACAGGUCUGAAGCUGGCGGCCAAGAUCAUCAAGACCAGAGGCAUGAAGGACAAGGAUGAAGUGAAGAAUGAGAUCAAUGUCAUGAACCAGCUGGACCACGUGAACCUCAUCCAGCUCUACGAUGCCUUCGAGUCUAAGAACGACAUCGUCCUGGUCAUGGAGUAUGUGGAUGGAGGGGAGCUCUUCGACCGCAUCAUUGAUGACAACUACAAUCUGACCGAGCUUGAUACCAUCCUGUUCACCAGGCAGAUAUGUGAGGGGAUAAGACACAUGCAUCAGAUGUACAUCCUCCACUUAGACCUGAAGCCUGAGAACAUCCUGUGUGUGAAUCGGGAUACUAAACAAAUAAAAAUUAUUGACUUUGGAUUGGCCAGAAGAUACAAACCCAGAGAGAAGCUGAAGGUGAACUUCGGAACUCCAGAAUUCCUCGCCCCUGAAGUUGUGAACUAUGAUUUUGUUUCCUUUUCCACGGACAUGUGGAGCGUGGGAGUCAUCACUUACAUGCUACUCAGCGGUUUGUCCCCCUUCCUGGGAGAUAACGACGCCGAGACCCUGAACAACAUCCUGGCCUGCAGGUGGGAUCUGGAGGAUGAAGGAUUUCAGGACAUCUCGGAGGAGGCCCGGGGGUUCAUCUCCAAGCUUCUGAUCAAGGAGAAGAGUUGGAGAAUAAGUGCAAGUGAAGCUCUCAAGCACCCUUGGCUGUCGGAUCACAAGCUCCACUCCAGGCUCAGCGCACAGAAGAGGAAGAAUUGCUGCUCUGAUGCCCAGGACCUGGUGGCCAAAUAGUCCCUGGAGGGCACCCUCUUGAAAGGAAAACUGCUGCGGUUGCUGCUGCUUGGAG